GGAAGUCAUAGUUGCAUUUCUCCUAUCUGUAUAAAAGUGUUCCAGACUUUUGGUUUCUUCACCCAUUUCUUCAUCUUCUGCGCGAUGACAUUCCAGCGUAAAACUGUUACAUCAUCUCAAAACACGAUUUUUCCUACUCCCCAGCUUAUAUCUCCUGCGCUUGCAAGAGACUUGGAGGACUGCAGGAAGACCUCUCUGAAUCUACUCAUGGCAUUUCUAGCCCUUCAGUCGAUCACAGGAUCUGGAGGCCUUACAAUGGCUACCCUCACGCUAAUGCUAUACACCAUCAGUCUACACAUCGCUACUAGCGUGGGCGCUUCUCAUCAGCUCGGAGCGGUUAUUUUUGGAAUUUUGCAUGUCAUCCCAGCAGUUGGAAUUUUUGCGGUGAUGUCGGUGGAGUUGGCGUUUGCAGUCAAAUCACCGGCAAUGGCGAUUUUAAUCGUCAUAUUUUGUUUCCUUCCCACCAUGGUUGCUAUCUUUCAGUGCCUCCGCAUGCGUUGCAUGAAGGUAAUCAUGGAUCAGCUCCCGAUGGCCAUCCCCGGGGACCUCCCGUCAGAAGAACCAUCCAUAGCGAGAUUAGAGCUCACUAUCUCUGCAUAGUUCAUUCCCCUUCCUUUCUUGAUUUACCCCCUCCCCACCGGGAGGAUCAUACCCUCGAUUACUUCUACGAUCUGAACGACUCAUACAAAGUAAAUGCUUCAAUA